CUUGACGGUUUCCAUCGUAGCCCCCUCCAAAACGACCACCAGUCUCUUCUCGGUCAUCUUGUCAUGUCCGUGCGAAAGCGAUGCUUACUGUCUCUUUUUCCGCCGUGCUUAUGAGAAGGGUAUUACUGUAGCCUGCAGCUGCUGUCUCACAGCGGAAGUUCAAGUUGUCACACAUAUCUAUGUAGGAUUGAUAGUCUUGAAGAGCUACUGCAACAAAUCCCACCCUGCUUUCAGCAUUUUUACAUUUAAAAAAAAAAACAAACAUGAAAAGUACAUCUUACAACAAUUAUUACUGUGUGCUCAGCUGUGUGCUAAAUAAAAACAAAGCCUUGCAGAUACAUAAAAUGGAUUGCGGGACUGGCAAACGAAAGCGAGAAGCUGGCUUCACGUCGUAGAAGACCAUGGGUCUCGCAGCUGCUUUAUCAAAACACAAUCCAACUUUGUUGACAGUCCAGAUUGUUUUCAUUCCUGGAACAGAACAUAAGUCAGUUUAAAAACGAACUGCUAGCAGAUGACAUCUUUGACCUAAAAUGAUUGACAUUCCAGUCCUGCCCCCUCAUACCUGCAUCAUCGGCAGUAUGCAAAUCAAGCAUUCGUAGAGUCUGGUUUUGAUUGGUUAACACGAUAUGACAAUGAGGGGGGUAGUGUGAUCAGAAUGGCUACUAUUGUACUGUUUUUUUUAACCAAUCAGAAUACUCCUAAUUCUAUAAAAUAGCUCAGCCGCAUAUUUCGGUGUUAUUCUUUAUAGUUCAGUUGUGAAUGCUGUGCAGAGAAUGAGUGGUAGAGGAAAGACCGGUGGAAAAGCGAGAGCCAAGGCGAAGUCUCGUUCAUCCAGAGCAGGGCUGCAGUUCCCAGUCGGUCGUGUUCACAGGCUGCUGCGGAAAGGAAACUAUGCUGAACGUGUGGGCGCUGGAGCCCCGGUCUAUCUGGCCGCGGUGCUCGAGUACCUGACUGCUGAAAUCCUAGAGCUGGCCGGCAACGCUGCCCGGGACAACAAGAAAACCAGAAUCAUCCCGCGUCACCUGCAGCUCGCUGUCCGCAACGACGAGGAGCUCAACAAACUUUUAGGAGGUGUCACCAUCGCUCAGGGCGGAGUGCUGCCCAACAUCCAGGCUGUGCUGCUGCCCAAGAAAGCUGAGAAAGUGCCCAAGAGCAAAUAAACUACCGUGACCAACUUCGACAAAGAAAACCCCAACGGCUCUUAUAAGAGCCACCCACUGUCCCCGAAAAGAGCCAAUUUUCCUCGCAGAAAUCUGUUCAUAGCG